UAAUUUUUAAGUAUUUUGCGUACUAAAUACCGGGUUACAUUUCUAUUUCACAAUUCCCAUCGUUCAUAACCUUAUAAAAUCAAGAAAUAACUAAAAUUGGAACAAUAUGGCGGACAAUAAAUUUUGUGUAACUGCGUGUGUGCGUCCCUCUUACGUAUUUGAUAACCGAUAAAUUAUUUAAUAAUCAUUUUCCACAUUAUUUAAUAAAUAAUUAUUAAUAUUACAAUUGAGGUUAUUAUUUUGAAAGUGAAAAAGAGUAAAUUAACCUCAAAUAAAAUCAAAAACUCAUCAAGUUCUAUUUGAUUGUUUCGUAUUUAACGUAUGAUUGGUACUCGUAAUGGUGUGGAAGGUGUGCUCUGGCAAUGUCAAUCAAUGAUUCAUUAAAAAGACAGACCAUAAAGUUGUGCAAAUAAAUAAUCAACUAAAUACAGCAGGUAGAAAAAAAAACAAAGCUCGUAUGAAAAUAAAUUCCAAGAUUUGUUGAUAUGAAAUCGAGAGGAUGAAGGUAACAGUGUGCUUUGACAACAUCAGGGUGGUAGUACCUUGUGGAGAUGGGAGUCUACUGGUGAGGGAUUUGAUGCGUGAAGCAAUAAUACGUUAUAGAAAAGCAACUGGAAAAACAGAACCAGGUCCAGUGAUCAACAGUUUAUCAUCACUAACUGGAGGUGGUUUAUUGGAUCCUGAUGAUCGACUGUGUGAUGUUGCUGAUGACAGAGAGCAAAUAAUAGCACAUAUAAAUAACUCCGAAGUAAUACAUAUUGGUGGUGAUGGUGCUAGUUCUGUUGGAACUAAUAGUCCUGAUUAUUUCCAACCAGAUGACAAAGAUAAUCGAUAUGGAAUUGAUACUCAAAAUAAAAUCAAUAAUAAUAUCAAAAGAGAAAGUGUUAAGAGACUUUCUAUGCACGCAUUAUCAACACGCGAACUCGUAGGGCCAUCAUUACCGACAUAUUCAGCACUUUCGUUGCCUCGAGAGUCAAGAAGACGCGAACCACUAGGUCAAGAUGCUAAAGCAACGUAUGAAUUAACAUCUAAACAUCCAGAUCUUUGUGAUCAAAAUGAUAUCCAACAUAUUAUCAUCAAGAAUGAACCUGGACCACUUGGUUUACAUGUUGUACCUUGCUAUGAUUUAUUAGGUAAUGACCAAGGCUUGAGAGUCGAAGGAAUAGAACCUAAUGGACGUAUUGCUAAAGAUGGACAGAUUGAUCUUCAUGAUAAAAUUAUCCGAAUAAAUGGCCAUAAUUUGCUCAAAAUUCCUUUCACUAAAGUUCAAGAGAUCUUUAGGACAUGUAUGAAUGAACCUUGCUUAAAGAUAUCUAUAAUAAAGCAUAAAAAAUUAUCGAAAAAAUCAACUAAAGCUUCUGAUGACAAACUAGAUCAACCAGAAGACAAUAUAAAGAAGCUUCAAUGUGCGAAUUAUAAUCUACUACAGAAUGCUAACACUAGAAAAAUAGGACGAAUGAUUGAAAUAGAAUUGACAAAAGGAACUAAUGGUCUAGGCUUUAGUGUUACAACUAGAGAUAAUCCAGCUGGUGGUCAUUGUCCGAUUUAUAUAAAAAAUAUCCUACCCAAAGGUGCUGCAGUGGAGGACGGGAGAUUGAAAUCUGGAGAUCGAUUAUUAGAAGUAAAUAAAAUCGAAAUGACUGGCAAGAGUCAAGCAGAAGUGGUAUCUUUACUACGUUCUAUUCCACCUGGUGGUAAAGUUAGGAUGAUUGUAUCCCGACAAGAAGAAGUAUCCACUAGUUCUUUGGAGACACCAAGUAUUCCUGUGACAGCUACCAACACUUCUCAUGUGUCUGAAGCUAAUUCAUGGUCUAGCCCAAGUGUAUCACCGGUAAAAGCAUCGGAAGAGUUUGAUAAUGGAAAGAAUUAUGAUAAAAAUUAUAAACAACUUGGUGAUGAUGUGAUGUUAUCACCAAGAAAGAAUAGAAUUAUAUUAACAUUUGAUAUUCCAGUUCAUGAUUCAGAAAAAGCUGGUUUAGGAGUUAGUGUGAAAGGUAAAACAACGAGUGCUGAUGAGAAUACUAAUAUGGAUCUUGGGAUAUUUAUUAAAAGUGUUAUUCAUGGUGGAGCUGCUUCUAGAGAUGGAAGAUUAAAGACAAAUGAUCAACUGCUCAAUGUUAAUGGUGUUUCCUUGCUUGGAUUAUCUAAUUCAGAUGCUAUGGAGACAUUAAGACGUGCGAUGCUCAAUACAAAUAGUGUAGUUAGUGGUGUUAUUACACUAACAAUUGCCAGAAGAGUAUCAGCUUAUGAUAGUGAUAAAAAUAACCGUAAUGAUGGGAUAGCAUCAUGUAAAUUAGAAUCUGCCAAUAGUAUUUUUAUAUCUGAUAAUAAAUCUGAUGGUUCCGGUGUAUCAAGAGUGAUGGAGAAAAAUAAUUUAAAUAAUCAAGAAUCCCUUGAUGAUAGUUUGCUAUCAUCAACAUCAGUAUCACCAUGGAAUCCAGUUAUUGAACGACUUACUGAGCAAUACAACAAAAAUAGUAUACGUAAUGAAAGUUAUUGUUUGGCUACCAAUAAAACUUGGAUUGAUUCAGUAAGUAAUGCUAAAAAAAUAAUGAAUCGUGAUAAUGAUUUAGUACUGCUUGAAGAAUCAAUACCUGAUAAUGUUCAUGAUGUUAAGAAGAAUGUUGAUGAUAAAGAGAGCCAAUAUUCUGGUGAUCCAAGUUAUGAUUCUCAAUUAUCAUUAGAAGAAUUUUCAUCUGGUAAUCAAUUCUCUCGUGAUGCUUUAGGUAGACAGAGUAUGUCGGAGAAACGACAUGCAGCUUUGGAUGCCAAAAAUACUGACACUUAUAAGAGGAAUAAAAAAUUAAGAGAAGGUAGAGAAAAUAAAAGUCAUGGUAAUAAAACAGAGACUGAAGAAUCAAAGUCUAAUAUUAGUAAAGAUGAGGAACAAGUAACGAAAAAAUGUGGUGAAAGUCAAUUUGAAGUUACUAGAAGACGAUUUGAAAAGAAAUCUGAUUCAGGACAUUCUGAUUAUGUUUAUACAAUACCAGGUUGUAAUAAUAAAAUAUCACCUAAAAAACAUUGGCUUGUUGAUGAUAAUCCGGUUGAUGUUGGUAAUAAUAAUCAAUGUAAAGAUGAACCUGAAGGUUUUUCACAUAGUCGUGGUGAUGUUAAACAAGCAUCCUUAAACUCAGCACUUGAUAAAAGAUCACGAAAGAAGGGUUUGAAAUCAAUGCUAAGACUUGGUAAAAACCGAAAGUCAUUGAACUUUGGAGAUAAUCUUGAUGCACGACAUGAAAGCAUCCUUCAAUCAGUCCAGUGGAAUCUCUUAUUAAUUCCUAAACGAUUCAAAAGUAAACCAAACAUCACCAAACCUAGAAAACCUCAUUAUACUAGAGCAGUAUUUGGCAAGUUUGUUCAAACUUAUUACAAACCUAAAGUAGAACCACGACCUAUUUGGGAAGCUUGUGGUAAUAUCCAGGAAAAAAUGGCGGUUAAAACAAAAGAACAUCAUCCUUAUCAUGAUAUUAUUGCUCGUGAGGUAUUUAAUUGGUUCAAAAGUUCACGAAUGAUUGCUUUUGUUCAUAAAAACUCCAUCAACGCCCUUGACUUGUUUGAUGCUCAAGUACCAUUAUAUCGAGCUAAUAUGCACGUCAAGUACUAUGAAUUAGAUAUGAUGGAACGUGCUUUAGAGAAUACUCCUUACGAACCAGUUUUGAAACUUUGUAAAGCUCCUUGGAUGGUUAUUUUUGGUCCUGAUGGUGGUGAUGUCAAGGUGUUGACUAAAGUUCUCAAGUCAACACCACAAUUGAUUCUCAUUGCUGGAAUUUAUGAUGGAGUGUUUUUAAAUGUUAAUGACUUUGUGAAGUAUGGGCAAAUGAGUAUUGAUGAAGCUAGAGCUUCGUUAGUUCAGACGUUGCAAACUGGAGGUGGUAAUAACUUGAAUCGAAUGCUUAAUUAUCAUCCAUCUACUCUAGUGUCGCGGUUAGAAGCAUUGAAUAAGAAAAAAGAUGGAUAAUAAAUGUAAUUAUUUGGUAUUAAAUUUUAUUUAUAAUAAAAUCUUUAAUUGUUAGAUAUAAAAA